AUGGGGGAAGUCGGCCGCCCCGACGUCGCGGACUCCGAGCCCGGGCCCCCCGCCGAGGGCCCGGCGGCCCCGCCGCCCCGGCACAGUGACGCCUCAGUUGAAGCCGAUCCCACUGGGGCAGGUGAAGGUACUUCGAGCGCACAGCCCAACCCACAGCAGGCAGAGCCACAGCAGUUCGGACCUCCACCCCAAGCAGAUCUUUAUCCAGGACAGUACAUUGCAUGCUGGCAAGGACAAGAAGGACUGCUGCAAGGGACCCUGUGGUGGCCCGUCGGUCUGCCCGGGUGGCCCGGGUCGGUCACAGGCUGGGAUGGUGAGCAGGGGGGAUGGCCACGUCCUCCCCAACCGAACCGGCGUGCCCACCCAAGGCCCCGUAUCCCGCGCACGGAUCGAUGGGCGCAUCCAGAGCAGCGGGACCCGAGGACCCCCAAUGGGCCGGGACCCCGCGGCUUUCCCCCACAGGCCCCUACCGUCUUCCCCUGCCCGGAUCAGAACCUGCCAUUCCCGGCCGUCCAGUUCAUCAUCCUUCAACCGCCCCCCAUGCCUCUGCCCCUGACGCCACCCUUGCCAAUGCCCCCGCCCAUGGUUCUGCCGCCACCCAUUUUUCUGCCUCUGCUCCUGUGGCCCCCAGCCCAUGCUCCACGCAGGGCAAGGUGUGGGCACCCCAGAGAGGGGAGGCAGUGAGGGGAUCUCAGCAGAUCAGGUUGGGGGGCUUGGGAGGUCCCU